AUGUCCUUCUUAAUGCUAUAUCCCGCUGUGGCCGUGUUAUCUCUAUUCAUCCUCUUGGUGAUCAUUCUGAUGCUUAGAUUCGGAGCCCGUUGGUGUAAGCUAAGGCAUGACACCUUACCGGUACAUCAUGCAGUGGUACAAGGGUAUUGGAGGGAAGAUGAAGCGUAUGAACAGAAGGUUUCUUAUGCGUGACAGGCAUGACUAUUUUUAGUGUAGGCAAUGUUUAGAAGUAAAGUAGUAUGUGGGGCACCAAUUGCUCUAUUGUCGCGGUGGUAACUGUUGGUUUGAUACUACUGAAAUUAAAGAUUAAUCUGACAUUUUACAAAUUCUUCCAUUUUUUAAUAAUGAAAUAAUACAAAUAAUUUGGUAGAUUUGACACCUAAAGAGAAAAAAUGUAAUGAGUCACUAUAGAUUACCUAAGAGAAUCCCAGAUUAAGUUUAGUGAUCCUGGAAUUUUUGAUGGCAAAACCAGUUAAAUAAAGUUGUAAAGAAGGUGCUUGGCAGUUACCACUUCCCUGUGGCAAUAAUUAGUUUAAUUAGAUUUAGAUUUUGUACUAAAUGAUAGAUCGUAAACAUUGUAAUGUCGCUUUAGAGUUUUUAUACUCAAUGACAAGUAGAAAUCAUGAAACUACAGUUGAAUGUGUAACAAUAUUUUGUCAUAUUUUGACAGUAUCUUAAGAAUUUUAAAUGUUAUAUAGAAUCAUUUAUUUAGGUAUGUAUAGCUUAGGGUGGUAUUCCACCUGUCCAAUUUCUUUGUCAAAUGUGUAUUUGCGUCUAACAUUUUGCUUAGCGAGAGAGUGAGACGCAAUACACAUUGGACCAAGAAAUUGAACAGAUUGAAUACCAACCUUAGGUAUGAAUAGGUACUGAACUCAGCUUUUGAACAUUUUUUUACCUUCUUAGUUUGAAAAUGUAUGGUAGCCUGAUGAGAAUGCACUUUUGCAUACUCUUGCCUUAUUUUGAUAAUUUGCCGAGUUUUUACAUGGACCCCUUGACUUAUCAGCGGAGAGUCCUAAUGGACUGAACUUUUUGCAUUUAACCUAGUUAAAAUAUGCCAUUCUGUGCCUGAACACAUACCGUCCAUGUCAUUUAGUGCCUGAAAAAUAGUAGUCAACGAAUAUUCACACGACCAUACUACUUAAAACUUAGCGACGGAAGAGAAAAGGAACUUGUUCAAAAAUAAAACA